CAUCUCCGGUGCCGUGCCGUCCACACGAUCUUCUCCCUCGGCUCCCUCGACGACUCCUCUCCCGCAACGACGCAUAGCCUACUACGCGGAGGUCUCCAUUGGCGAGGAUGGAAAUGUUCUUCGGCAGCUUUCUUAAUGAAUCGGCAUCAUCAGAUAACUUUUUUGGUCAUCCAAAUGUCGAGAGAUGCCCAUUCCUGAGAAACAUCAAUGGAGCUACAACAUUUUCAUUCUCUUCUGCUUUGCCAGUAGCUGCCCGAGGAAGCAAGAGUCCAAUUUUUGAGGAUGGGCCGGGCUUUGAUUCAGCCUUUAAACUAUUCCAUGGACGGGAUGGAAUCGUUCCACUUUCAGGAAGGUCAUAUGCACCUGAUGAGAACAACAGUGAGAACAUUGACGCCAAGCCUGAACCUGCUCUACCGUUUAACCCAUUGGCUUCUAGAGCUGCGUCAAUAAGUCUGUCUGCAUUUGGGCCAUUCGGUUUUAACUUCUUUAAUGGCAAGGGCAAAAGGCAGAACAAGAAGCCCAACAAUCUGAAUCAGUCGAACAAGAAGCCCACCAAUCCUAAUCAGAACUCCAUGAAACAGAAAGGAGGUAACUCGUCAUCGCAUGAGGCAAUGAGCGACGAAUGGCUGGAAAAUGGGCAGUGCCCACUUGCCAGGUCUUACCGAGCAAUGAGUGGUAUUCUGCCUCUUGUUGCCAAGGCUUUACAGCCACCAGCUGGUGUGAAGCUGAAGUGCCCACCUGCUGUGGUCGCUGUACGUGCAGCACUGGCACGGACUGCUCUUGUGAAGUCUCUCCGUCCUCAGCCCCUGCCUGCAAAGAUGGUGGCCAUUGCAUUGCUCGGAAUGGCAGCAAACAUCCCUCUUGGGGUCUGGCGUGAGCACACCAAAAAAUUCUCCCCUCAGUGGUUUGCAGCUGUCCACGCCGCUGUUCCGUUCAUCGGAAUGCUGAGGAAAUCUGUCGCCAUGCCCAAGACUGCCAUGGCAUUCACCAUAGCAGCCUCCAUUGUUGGCCAGACGAUCGGAUCGAGGGCCGAGCGCAUCCGUCUGAAGGCACUGGCUGCAAAGACCGACGCUGAUUCCACCACCGUGGCUGACAUUUAUCCGAACAAGACUGGCAAUUGCAGUGACACCGAGGGCAAGGCAUGGGAUCCGCUUGCGAUGAAGAUGGCGGGACGAGCUUCUGGUGCUGCUGCUGCGCCAACCCCAAGCAUGUGUUUCUGAUUGCUCACUGCUUGGAAAAUUUGUAUCUAUCAAUAUCUCUGGAGCAUGGGGAGUUGAUGCUGAGUCUAUUUUAUCUUGUGAUGUAAUUGCGUUGCUUGUCCCUGAAGAUAAUCUGUUUGUGGGGGUGAGACAAGUUGAAUAAGAGUGCUACUAUAUACGAUCAUAUUCUGUUUUUAAUUUGUUUUGCUUGGCAGUUCAUUCAUCAGUUAUUUGAUACUGCUGGAUCACUACUAUUUAUCAAUCAUAAUAUAUUGGUUGUGU